GGGGCGGGGCGGGGCCGGGGGAAAAGCCAGCGGGCGGGAGUGGGGCCCGCGCCUCAGCAGCCUUGGUCGGGGAAGCGCCGCUCUCGCACCGCUGGGGCGCAGCUCCCCGCCGCCACCGGCUGUCCGGGCGUGGAAGGAGUUUUCUCUUUGCUCUUGAAGACAUUCCAGCAGCUCCAUAUCUUCUAUUACCCAUCUUUUAUUCCUACGAAUCUCUGUGAAGACAAGUUAUGUCAACAGCUACUUUAAUUAAUUUGGUACGAAACGGAGGGUAUCAAGUAAGGAGGAGAGCCGUGCUGACGUCCCGCCUCUUGCAAGACGAGAAGCGUCCGACAGCUGCCUGCUACAGCUCCACCUCUGAGCGCCGUGCUUCCCGCUUCGAUCCAGAUGGGAGCGGGCGACCUACCACAUGGGACACUUUUGGCAUCUGGGACAAUCGCAUUGAUGAACCUAUUCUCCUCCCACCAAGCAUAAAGUAUGGGAAGCCGAUUCCAAAAGUCAGCCUGGCCAACGUGGGCUGUGCUAGCCAUAUCGGGAAGCGUAAGGAAAAUGAAGACCGGUUUGAUUAUGCUCAGCUGACGGAGGAUGUUCUAUACUUUGCAGUCUAUGAUGGACAUGGUGGGGCAGCAGCAGCAGACUUCUGUGAUAAGUACAUGGAAAAAUAUAUUAAAGAAUUUCUUGCUCAGGAGGAAAACUUGGAAAAUGUUUUGAACAAAGCUUUUCUAGAAAUAAACAAAGCAUAUGAAAGGCAUGCUCAUUUGUCUGCUGAUGCAACUCUGAUGAACUCUGGGACCACUGCAACAGUGGCUCUGCUCCGGGACGGUAUUGAGCUGGUUGUGGCAAGCGUGGGAGACAGUCGUGCUCUGCUGUGUCGAAAGGGAAAGGCCAUGAAACUCACCAUUGAUCAUACUCCAGAAAGAAAGGAGGAGAAGGAAAGGAUUAGGAAGUGCGGUGGCUUCGUUACCUGGAACAGUUUGGGACAACCUCAUGUGAAUGGUAGACUUGCAAUGACGCGGAGCAUAGGAGAUUUGGAUCUUAAAACCAGUGGUGUGAUAGCCCAGCCAGAAACAAAAAGGGUUCAGUUGCAUCAUGCAGAUGACAGCUUCCUGGUCCUUACUACAGACGGUAUUAACUUUAUGGUGAACAGUCAGGAGAUCUGUGACUUCAUUAACCAGUGCCAUGAUCCUGCUGAAGCUGCCCACGUUGUUACUGAGCAGGCAAUGCAAUUCGGCACUGAAGACAACAGCACAGUUGUCAUAGUGCCAUUUGGAGCAUGGGGAAAGUAUAAAAACGGUGAGAUCAACUUCUCCUUCAGCCGCAGUUUUGCAUCCAGCGGGAGGUGGGCAUGAAGACCUGCCACAGCUAUCUUUUCCUGCCAUAACCUGGACACAGUGUGCUACAGAACACAUCCAUCUGUUCAUAGAUUGACUCAGUGUCUUGCCUGUCUCUUCUGUUCCCAGUGUUAUAGAAGAUGCCACUGUUCCCUCGGUGCGUAAUGCCCAGUUGUUGCUUACGGCUGAUCGCAUUUUGCUGUGUUUAUUUAUUCCGGUCGGCAUUGAGGCAGCUAUUUCUUUGGGUUUGUAGUCCCAGCAGCUCUGCACAUCACUUUGUUCACAUAGAUGAGGCUCUGGGCUUUCACCUAAGGCUGGAGGUAUUGCACAAUUGUUUCAUACCUACUUGUUUUACCCAGGACCCUUAGUUACUUGGCAGCUGUGUAAGCCUGAGUCUGAGCCACGUGCUGGCUUCUUUGUACGUUAAUACAUGGGGGAACAAACGCACAGUGUUCUUAGAUAGGUAGACAAAAAGCAGGUUUGUUGUCUUCCUUUGCUAUGCAGCUACCCAAAACUCCCCUGUGCUUCAGGAGAAGCGGGUGAAAAAUAAGGGAGAAGUUUCAGAAGUGUUUAGGUUCUGAUGCCAGUGGCAUUUGGUGUAGCUAAACAACUUCCUGAGACAGUGCUGCUUUGCAGGGUGUUAUGCUCUCACCACCAUGAUCUGUGAUUUUCUAGCGCCAAGGAGACAGAGCUGGCUGCAGCCACGUGCCAUUGGACGGAUGGGAAUGUUUCUCCAUUGGGUCCAAAGCCUGUAUGGUCUCUGUGGACCAUGCAGCAGCCCCUUGCACUGUCUUCUCUUUGGUGUGCCAGUACUUGACAGGAGCACAGAGGAGGGAAAAAGUUGCACAUUUUUGAUAUCCAGAGACUCUCAUCAACUUGAUUUUUUUUUUUUAAAAGAAAACCAGCUAAUUUCAAAGAGUUUACUAAUCAAGAUUCUUUGGAUGUGUAAGACAGGAGUUUAUUUCUUCAUAAGUAUAUGAGAAUUUUCCUUCGCUGAAGGUUUCUUUCAGUUAGUUGUGAUCUCCUUUGUCUCUUCAUGGUAUACAGGGAGCUGUAAAACACCCAAAGCAAGCAAUCUAAAGAAAGGAGAGAGCAUUAUAAUAAUGUAAGGUAAUUUUUAUAAGUUUUGGGUAUUGUUUCUAGUAGGUGUCAGAUACUCAGACACCAGAGGGUAGUUUUAUACUUCAAGGAAGCAUUUCCAUUUCUGGAAGGAGUCUGUGAGUGAGGCACCGGGGGCCAGAGCUCUGAGCCAGCUUGUAUGGCUGCUGUGACACAGACUGCAGGUGACCUGUUGGCAGCAGGUGAAGAUCUGUCCUGUUGUGCCUCAUUCAGACCUCCUCCUUCCUCUGCUCCACAUCAGGUGUGCGGCUCCUGUGGCCUCUGAGUCACCCUGUAACCACAAAAUAUGGGCAGGGAAGAACUGGGUGGUUCUGAGGCUUGCCACAAUAUUUUUCUUCUAUGGAUGCUUCCAACAGCACAAUUGUAAAAACAAAAAAGUGAAAGAGAAGUUGCCUGAUACUAAAUCACCUUGCAACAAGGAAAAAUAUUUCUGAGAUGCCUGGCCUGAUUCUCAUUUUCCAGUGUGAAGAACAUAUCUUCAUUACUUUUGGACCUUUUAGCCCAGGGUUAUACCUUAGGCAGUCAUUCCACGUGUUCUUCCGUGCCUCUGGUCGAAGGCCUAGCCGCACCCAGCAAAGCACAGUGUUGUACUGACAGCAUUAAGUACUAGGUGUUUAGAGUAUGCUGGUUUUGUGCCAUCACUUGGUGUAUUACGUGGUGUAUACAAUGUGUAUAUUCAGUUUAUAAGUACGAAGAGCUUGUGAGUUGGUACGUGUAAAUCUCUGUUGUACUGGACGCUGUUGCCCAGGCCUCCGUAACAAGUGCAUCACUGGUUUACAAUAAUAAUCCCUUCUCUCACUCCAGAUUUUCCUCAGGGUUGGGGUUCAGUCUUCAACUGAGGUCAGAAUGUUUGCUGGUCACGGUCCUGGGCUCAGCCUUCCUUCCCUGAGGCAGAGGGGCACUUUUAGUUGUUACAAGCGAGAGCAGGUUCUCAGUCUGCGGUGAGUUUGAAGAUUCCCACAACCCGUUUGUGGCAAAACCGGCAAAACGCAGCCUCUCCCGAGCACUUGAGCAGCGGUUGCACCUGACAGAGGUUCAGAGAGCUGCUCUGGGAGUGUGGUUAUGACUGGUUUGCGGUGCAGUGUGAACAGCUGACAGCCUUUCUCCUGCCAAAGACUUGACCUGCUAAAACAGCAGGUCCGAUAGUUGCUAGGAAAGGGUUAACCACAGGACCAGCAGUCUUACUCUGGGCACAGUGAAGGGUUAGAGUCAAGCUGUGGAGAGGGAGUUGCUGUGAGGGUGGCUUUGAUAUCAAGUGUCAGACAGGCUUAAGCAGUGCUGCAGGGAUUUGGACAAGCUCCAUUGACAUUGUCCUCUUCCAAAUGCUGCUCUUUUCUGUUUGGCCGGCUAGCCAUCUAUGCAGACAGAAGAUAUCAAGGGCGCUGGGGGUGUUUGUGACAAGUACACACUGGUGGGGUUUUUUGAGCAGUGCUGGAUACUUGCCAAGCUGAAGACAUGGUAUUAAAUGCAGGCUGCUAAUGAAAAACACUGCAAAUGAAGAGCCGGUGCUCUGAGGAAUGACCUGGCAGUUAGAGUACCUUCUAAACAUUGACCCAGAUGUAACAUGAAACGAUGCUUUUUCUUCUCAUUGGUGGUUUUGGGGCAUUUUUUGUUUUAUCCCUAUCUGGUUGCUUGAUUUCAGAGAGAACAAAAGCGGUUGGGGGAUUUUAUUUCUUCUAACAGAGUGGUUAUCCUCUCAGGGGAAGGAUCCAUCCAUAACUUCUUUUACAUUUUAUAAAGGAAGGGAUAAGACAAAGCUUUGCAAAACAGAAGAUGGUUAGAUAAAGAUGUAUUGGUGGUGGCUGUUACUGCCUUUAUACAAUCACAGAAAAACUUAGAUUGGAAGAGGCUUCUGGGUGUCACCUAGCCUAGCCCCCUGCUCGAAGCAGGGCUAACUUCAGAAUUGCAUACUGCAGUGAAGGGAUGUCUCCUGAUACGGAAAUGCAGCACCUGAAAAUGUAUGGGAGAAAGAAUUCUGCAUGUAGCGCGUUUUACCAUUGGAACCACUUAGUUGUAUUGAAGUUGAAAACUUACCAGUAUUUAACAGGUACUUUGUAUAGCUACCAAUAAAUUUCACAAGUAAAUUAGCACAUACAUAAAACUAAGAUCUGAGCCAUUUUGCUCUAAGCAAAAGUGAAUCGGUAACUGACAGGAGAUUACAGAGAUGCAUUUCUUACACACAGGUUUUUCUCUGCUUGUUCACUGUAGUUUUCUGCAUCUCAUUCUCAAGUAAAUGAGCUACUGAUGAGAUGAAAUGCUGUGCCAAGUGGCCCAGUAGUUUGCCUGUUCCUCCUUCCAUUAAGAACAGAGGUACGGUCACACUGGUUUGUGUGGAUUCCUUAUUUCAUGCUGCACAUUGCAAGACUCGAGUGCCAGUGUGAAAAACAUUUUGUAGAAACACUCCAUUACCAGGACCAUCGGUCUCUGUCUCCUGAACCACAAUACUGCUUUUUUCUAUGAAGAUGACAGUAAACUCUCCUAAGAUUUAGUGGCAACUGCACCAAACCUUGUGUUUCUCCAAGAAGUCGGGAAAAACCUGCAAUUUCCUGGGUGAUGCAUUUUCCAUCAUUCUCACUGAAGAGUCAGUAGAACAAGUCCCUGCCCUUGCCUUUCAGUUUUGGGGCUGUUGUGACACUGAUACCAUGUUGGCAGAGUGAGCUUUGCCGACACAUUUACGUGUUGAGUGGGACAUAGGUGUAUGCCGCUGAAUUUGGAGUGCAUGGAUUACGAAGUCAGUGGAGUAAAGCCAUGUUGGGGAAAAUGGAAGUGGUUUAUCAUAGUGGUAUCAGGGAACCAAAUUAGCAGUGCUGUGGUAACAUCUGCCCAGCAAACCUCUUGGCAUAAGGUUCUCCACCAGAGCUAGGUACUGCUCUGCUGUGAUGAAGCUGUACUUCUAGGGUGGUUUGUUUUUGUGUUUUUUUUUUUCUAUCAAUCAGCCUCCUGCUGCCUAUAGCAGCUCUGCAAGCAACCAGCUUUACACCGCAGGGACCAGCAAAAUCCUCUUGUCCAGCAGAGCGCUCCUUUCUACUUGAAGAUAAAGAGCAAAUUGUCCUAACAGCAGCAGUUGCCUAUCAGAGAGGUUUAUUACUGAAAGGAUCGCUAGAGGUAUCUUACACUGAGUGAAACAAAACAGAAUCUCAGUUUGCUCUGUAGCUCACUGUCUUUCCCAUACAUCUGUUGUUUCAACAAAAAGAAUAUUUUUUGUUUGUUACAGACUAAACUGAACAUUAAGGGUGAGCUACUGAGCAAAUCAUAACAAGCAGUUGCUUUUUUCCUGCCCUUUAGGGAUGGAUUCUGAAGUCCAUUGGUUCUGAUAGGAGUAUUUUCUUGCCUGAACACUCCCCCUGGAGCAGUGGUAUUUCUCACUGUACAGGCACUGCAGGAGGGUGGGCUGUGGGUACAGAAAGGUGAAAAAUGCUGUCCAGCUAGAUACUAAUUUUUACUGUGAGGAUAUGGAAGGCACAGGAGGCCUCGUGUUGCUGGAGGAUUUACUUGGAGAGGUGUUGAGACUGCAACUGAAGUUCCAGCUCGGUCUCCCCACCACCUGGAAAGAGCGGUUUCGUGCUUUGGAGGGGGAGCUUGCUAAGAUGUCAUUUGCAGCCUUGAUUUAGGAGAGCUGGUGAACGUAGUGCAAGAGAUUGAAAUGGGGAUGAGAUCCAACAGUUUGUAUUGAAGACCCUGUAUUAAACAAUCAGUCCCUUUUGGUUGAAAAGGUCAGGAUUGGAGAAUAAUCAUGAAGCACAGUUAGUGGUUGAGAACAGCAGCGUAGAAAGAAAUCACAAUCAGAAAAUUAUGAAAGCUUAGACUCACCGCAGGAUUUCCACUGACUUCCACAGGGUCAGGGUAUCAGAUCAUCUUUUCUGUCUCAGCAGGCAGAUGUGCUGUGGUCAAAGGCAUCGGGAUUUCUAGCUAAGGGAGAAGCACAAACCAACAGAUGCCAGUGAAACUGGUUUAGUAUUAAUUUUUCUUAAAUAAAUUUGGUUGGGCACCAAGUCCAUUGGUCACUCACCCAACAAGCCGAAUGUAUGGUAUAGCAACACCCCGGGUAUUCCUCUGUUCCGAAGCUGCUGUUCUCAAUGCAGAGAUGCCCAGCGGGGUGUCCUCUUGACGCAGGAUAUCAAGUGCUUGGGCAGCAGUGUGUGUCAUAACUUUCUACAGACUUAAGUGCAAUUGCAUAAAUUCGUUACAUAGUUUGCCUUAGGACUGUGUAUAAUUCCUGUAAUUUGAUGUUUAUGUUUGGUGUAAUCAGUGUCUAUAAUUCAUCUACUACUUAAUUUUAUAGAUGUGUCCAUUUUGGCUUUUUUUUUUUUUAAAAAAAAACCAAACACGGUUGUUCAUCAACUCAAAGCUACAGUGGAGCAGAUAAGUCUGUACUGGAGUGCUUAAAAGAUCUUUUAAUAAAGAAUUGGCUUCUA